AUAUUAUUGGGUGUUGAGGCAGUGACCUCAUCAUCACGCGACUGUUCACGGCAGCGGCUCCUCAUGAGAAGUGAGCUUCUUUUCGUUCUACAGUAAGGAUCGAAAUUAAUCCUCAUGGCCACAGAGAGUGUGGAGAAGACAACUGAAGAUGUUCCAGUACCUGGAAAAGUCAGCACCAGGUAUGACCUGGAAAAGGAGACUGAGCUUCGGUUUGAGGUUGAGGCAGGGGAGGCAGCCGAGCAACUGGAGCUGGAACUCCUGACAGGAAUGGCUGAGGUGUUUGGCUCAGAGCUGAACCGCAACAAGAAGUACACGUUUGGACCUGGCUCCAAAAUUGCAGUUUUCACCUGGCAAGGUUGCAGUGUGAAUCUUUAUGGGAAGCCAGAGGUGGCUUAUGUGUCCAAGGACACGCCCAUGCUGCUCUACCUGAACACACAUGCUGCCCUGGAACAGAUGAGGAAACAAGCCGAGCGGGACAAUGAGAGGGGGCCGAGGGUGAUGGUGGUGGGACCUACAGACGUGGGGAAGUCGACAGUCUGCCGGCUGCUUCUCAGCUAUGCAGUGAGGGUUGGCAGGCGGCCAACACUGGUGGAGCUGGAUGUGGGACAGAGUGGGGUGUCUGUACCUGGAACAGUGUCAGCGCUGUGCAUCGAGCGCCCUGCAGACGUAGAGGAGGGUUUCUCAGUCCAGGCUCCUUUGGUCUACCACUUUGGCUCAACCACUCCAGGGACCAACAUCAAACUUUACAACAAGCUGACGUCAUGCCUGGCCGAGGUGUUCUCUCAGCGCUGUGAAGUGAACAGGAAGGCCAGUGUGGGAGGCUGUAUCAUCAACACCUGCGGCUGGGUGAAGGGCUCUGGAUACCAGGCUCUGGUCCACUGUGCCUCGACCUUUCAGGUGGAUGUGGUGCUGGUGUUGGACCAUGAGAGGCUCUACAAUGAACUCAAGCGAGACCUCCCUCACUUUGUGCGGGUCGUGCUCCUGCCCAAAUCCGGCGGAGUGGUGGAACGCUCCAAGGAGUGCCGGCGGGAAGCUCGGGAUGAGAAAAUCCGCGAGUAUUUCUAUGGCUUCCGGGGAGUGACCUUCUACCCUUUUUCUUUCGAAGUGCGUUUCUCAGACGUCCGCAUCUACAAGAUCGGGGCACCGUCAAUCCCAGACUCGUGCUUGCCGCUGGGAAUGUCUCAGGAUGACACGCAGCUGAAACUGGUGCCAGUCACUCCAGGCAGAGACCUCACCUAUCAUGUGCUGAGCGUGAGCAGUGCAGAGGAUGGAGAGGAAGGUGCUAGAAAGGGUAUAGUGGAGAGUCCAGUCUGUGGCUUUAUUGUGGUAACUUAUGUGGACACUCAGGCCCAGGUGAUGAAAGUUCUGUCUCCAGCACCCAGACCACUGCCCAGACACACUCUGCUCAUCAUGGACAUCCGCUUCAUGGAUAUGAAAUGAGGCAAAACCUUGAGGAUGAGGACUCGGGAAGAAGUGGGGAUCAUUUUUGGGGGAAGUUCUGUUGGAUUUUGUUUCCAUAUGUUCUUCCCUGCAAAUACUACAGGGAAUUUUUUUGAACAUUUAAAGCGGAAACAGUGUAAUUUAUACCCCAUUCAAAAGAUCACACUGUGUAGAUGUCUGGGGCACGGGAUGUUUUUAUCGAUAUAGGAAUAUUUUUCUUGAUCAUCUGUUUUAUAGGCAUUGUUUUUCUCCUGAUUAAUAAAUUUUUAAUGUAAAAAGUUAUGUUUGUGUGUUAAUUACUCUAACUUCCAUGGUCAGUGUAUUUUACAGUCCAACAACAGUUACAUUUAUUAGCAUAUAUUUAAUAUAUAAGGGACCGGUGAAGAGAAAUCAUGUAUGUCUCUGAGCAUAUUUACAACUUAAUGUUUAGACAAUUCUGGAAAUAUGUUUAAAUUCCAGAGCAUUUAAUGUACUUUAACUACUGAAGAAAUAGAAGGUUUUUCUAAUAUUUUGACAAGCUGUCAUCCAGCAGUAUUUUAAAAUGUGUGUGUCAAGUUGGAUGCUUGUCCUUCCCUCCCUGUUUAAUACAUCCUGUAGUGCUCAUUGUGUCUGUUUGGAUAAAAGUAAGGCAAAGGACACUAACCUGUAGGCCACAGAACCAGUAUGGCAGUUUGGCAGCUCCGCAAUAGAAGCUCAUUACAUGUUUGAUUUGUAAACACCUGACAGCUUGAGAGCUCAUGGAGCUUUCUUUAGACUCAGCUGUUUUAUUUUUCUAAAAUGAUGUUAUUCUGAAUAUGAUGGCUAUACAGUAUGAACAAUACAAGUGGGACAAAGAUUAUCAGCAUACAGUAAUAUAAACACAAUAAGAGUCUCAAAAUGGAAUAACAUGCUGAUAUUAAAAUAAAUAUAGGAAACAAAUUGAUGUAAACAUUAUUUGGUACAUUCCUUCCAUGUGCAUAUUUCUUGCAACUUAAGACUAUUUUGAAUCCUUUGUUUCCAAUAUUCGUACAUUUUUCUAAUAACUUAACAGUCGUUUUAUUAAUGUCCUGUCAUUUUUGGUAAGUAUUCCUUACUCUGAUUUUAUGUGCUUCGGCUCUAAACAUUUGCUUUAUCAGCAACAUGCAGCUUCACUGUAGGUGUUUGUGCUGUGGGGGUUUGAAAAGACCAUCUGGGAUCUGCAUUGAAAACUUCACAGAGAAGAAACUGUGAGGUACUAAAAGUAAAUAUGUUGCUAGAAAUAUGCUACAUUUGCCAAAUUACUCCAUACUAAUGAGUCUAACCAGAAAAAAAUGUCACUGUUUUUCAAGGUACAUGGCAAAAGAAAAAGCCUAAAUGUUAAUCCUUCAUGUUUGAAAAUGUAUUAUAAAAAAAAUGCUAAAAUUAGCAAUUUGAAGAAAAGUUAGUUUUAAAUGUGUUGCUGGUAAAAUAUAUGUAUUAUUUCAAGGUGUGUAGUUUUCUUCAGCUGAACUCAGACAAGACAGAGAUUCUUGUCAUCAGGUCACAGCACAUGAAAAACACAUAUUCUGACAUCAGCUGGUUAUCUUUUGCAUCAUGUCAAGCCUGUUGUAAAGAACCUUGGUGUCUCGUGUGACAGUAAUCUAAAUUGUAAGCAGCACAUAACAAAGCUUGUGCAAUCCUGUCAUUAUCCUCUUAGAAAUAUUUCAAAAAUACAAUGUAACCUCAUUGGGGCUCAGCUGAAAAGGGACAAAGCAUUUGCAGUCAGGGCCCGAGGCUCUGAAAGGACCAGUCCAAAGAAAUCAGGUUGACUGAGUCAGGAAACUCUCCCUUCUUAAAGCAUACUUAUAAUAGAGAGGCUUUCUUUCUCUAUGGCUAAACUGUGAUGACUAAAUUUGUAUUGCGCUAUGAUCUGUCUCUGCUUUGCACCUCUGAAAAUCAAGAGAUAUUCUGUACAUUUAUAUUCAUAGUUCAGGGCCAAAAAGCAGUGGAGAUUGUUUUGAGUUUUAGUUUGAUUCUACAAAAUUUCCUAAUAAGCAUCUUUUGUUAAUGUAAUACUUUGAUUGACUUAUUAGUGGUUGAAGAGCAAUGCUGGUAUGAGGUUGAUCAGUGUCGAACGUUAUCUGAUCAGUGAGUUUCAGAACCAGCUAAUAGAAAGGACUUCUACCUUUUCUGACAUUUUGUGUUUUUGGAGUUUGUUGGUUUUGUUUGCCUUUUAAAAAUAAUGGUUUUAUAACUUCUCUGUUUUGUUUUGUUUUUUGCUGCUGCCUUGUGCCUCACUCUGCAACUUGGAUUUUGGAAAAUGCUGUAAAGUAAGGAUUUUAUUAUAUUUUUUGUUGAGAUUUUAAUAAAAGUCGAAACCUUGUUCUCACCAUUA